AUGCUCACAUUCGAAAGUACGAUGCGACAGUAGGUAUUACCUCGUCAAAAGCCAGCAAGCCUUGCCGCUGACCAGACUUCUCCAGAAACCAAACCCUCCUGUAUGAGAUGUUGUGAGAAGGGUUUCAAAUGCGAAUACAGCCCUGCUCGGAGAAUCGGUCGCGUGCGGAGCAAAACAGUCAAGUCCAUCAGCGACGAUGUCAAAUACCGCCUGCCUCGCGGAGACGUCCAUUCUGCGUGCUCGCCACCUCCUGACAUGACGGAUGAGAUGGAAUCGCCACCCGACCUCUCUCCACCUCCGCCACUGCAGCGCACGCCGGACUGGAACAAUUCCUGGACACUAUCCGAAGGUGGAGACUUCGGCAUCACGUCGACCCAACAACAACAGCAGCACUGGAUCAAACCUGACCCUUUCAGUCCAUCGCAACAGCAACAAAACAACUUUCUCGCUACUGCUCAAGCCUUCUUGCCGUCGAGCAUGGACUCCCAGACACUUGUUUCUGCGACUUGCAGACUCCCGCAGCUGGUCAGCGAGCAGGGUUUCGCACCCAUGAGCACCACCACUGACAGUCCAUUUGGUCCGAAUGCAAUCAGUGCGCUUACAGCACCUGAGCCUCCACCCGCUCGCGUACCGACAAUGCAUCGAUCUUCGACGUCAAGCACUCCGGGUGAAGCCUCGACGUCAGACGGUAAACACAUUGACGAAGAGUUUGCCGGCCUCAUCACCUUUGCCGACAGUAUCGAGAGCAAGUUUGACGUCUUCGUUCGGACGAGACUCUCCCUGCAUGAGGCGGAAGGGUCCGGGCCGGAUCCGGGAGAGAUGUCCUUCUACUACUCUCUUUCGGAAUUGAAACGGAGGCUCAAGUGGUUGAGGGAAGACGUGAGGAACUCGUGA